AUGGCCAGCAUUUUCCGCCGCAUCUACGACUGGCUUCUGCGCCUAUUCUGGGCAACCGAGAUGGACAUCACUAUGAUCGGUCUGCAGAAUGCUGGCAAGACUUCGUUGUUGCGAGUUCUGGCGGGCGGAGAGUUCACCGUCGACUCCAUCCCGACGGUGGGCUUCAACAUGAAGCGCGUCCAGAAGGGUCACGUAACCCUCAAGUGUUGGGACCUCGGGGGUCAACCACGGUUCCGUUCCAUGUGGGAGAGGUACUGCCGCGGCGUGAACGCGAUGGUCUUCAUCGUCGAUUCGGCCGACCGGGAGGCUCUGCCCGUGGCACGUGAGGAGCUCAAGUUGCUGCUGGAAAAGCCGGCGUUGGAGGGUAUCCCUCUUCUCGUCCUGGGCAACAAGUCGGACCUGCCCAAUAAACUCUCGGUCGACGAGUUGAUCGAGGCCCUGAAUCUCAAGGCCGUCUCGCACCGUGAAGUGAGCUGUUACGGCAUCAGCGCCAAGGAGGAGACCAACCUCGACGCUGUUCUGCAGUGGCUGAUUGCCCGAGCAAACAAAUGA